UUUUUAGCCGUCCGAUGAAAACGAUUGCUCUCUCUCUGACUGUACGUAAACAAAACAAAAUCAAUGACUCACUCAAUGACCUCUACCCAGAAUAAGAGAGAUUAACGCAACCUCUCUCUCUAUAUCGCUCAAUUGAUCUUGUGAAUCUUUGAGCUGAAAUUUUGUUACAGACUUUGGAGUUUGGGGAAGGAAGAGAAGAGACUGAGGCAUUGGGAUUCCGGAGCUAGUUAUUGCUCUCUGCUUUGCUUUUCUUCCUCUUUGAUCUCUCUACUGUUCAUUUCGCUCACUCGAGUAUUUUUACAUUACCACCGACACUAGAGGCUUCGUCUUCGAGAUCGCUCUGGGUUUUCGUUGAUGGCGUAUCCUCUGCAUUUUCAAAUUUGACUCUGUUGAGAAAGAUAGUCCAGAAUUCUUUGGCAAGCAGACACCAGAAACCAGUACACUGCAGAUUCUGUGCAGUCUAUGGAUCAGCUUUCAAAACCCAGAAGAAGUUCAGGAAAGAAACAAUCUCUAGGAACUUCAGGGAAUGUCUUGCCUUGUAAGAGCCAAGCUCUGAAGCUAGAAGACAAGUUAAAAUUAGAAAAGUCUAGUUGCUCAUAUGCUGAUCUCCAUCGGGAAAUUACAAAGAACCCUCAAAAGCAGCAGAUAGAUGGGAAAAAAAUUGAUGAAGAUGAGCUUGUUAAAUAUAUGUCGAAAUUGCCAAGUUAUCUGCAAAGAGGAAAAACUUUACAGGAGAAAGCUUUAAAUGUGGGGGUUCUUGACUGGGGUCUUCUAGAAAGAUGGCAAUAUGGCCAUAAACAGAUGCCAUACAGAAAUAGCAGGUAUUCUCCAUCAAGUAGUAACACAUCCUCCUCUUUUUCUACAGAUGGAUCACCUACCUAUUCUACUAGGGGUCAUAGCUGCUCUCCUUCUCGUCAAAUGACAAGCCGGCCUUCCCUACAAGUUCAUCUGAUGGAACAUCCUAUGGAAGGGCCAUCCCAAGUUAAAUCUCAUGGAGCAAGUGUUGCAACGUUUGAACCUAAUGAGACUACACAAAGUGGUACCAUAAACAUACCUGAAAAAUUCAUCGUCCCAGCUCCAGCUCUCUGCAAAAAGCAUCCAGAUGCCAAGCUGGAGAAAUGCAAAAAGAGUGAGUUAGACCAAAAGAGGGAGAGGGAUACGGUAAGCAAAAAUGUGAACAAUGAUCAAAACUCUGACAUGGCAUUGCAAACAACAAAGACUCAAGGUGUUGAGUGUUUAAACAUUGAGAAGAUUCAAAAACCAAACUUAAAGAGCUUUGAAAAUACCCCUAAAGGAUGCAAAACAAUUGUUCUUAUUUUGCCUAGAAGUCUCCCAGAAAGCAAUCAUCCUGGAGAGCUGCAAAAUUCUAAUUUGACAGCAUUUGCUGGCCAAAAAUCAGAAGGAUGUAAGAAGGCAUGCAUGGCAGAGCGCAAUUCUGAUAUUCCACAUUCAUGCCCACUUCCUUCUGGAGUUGGCGUUAAAGAGUCUCAGGUAGAACAUUUGAGUACUUUAGGUUCAGGUGCAGUGAAAACCAACUGUUCAUCUGGUUCAUCUUACUCCGCAUCAGUGUCACCUAAAGUGAGAUUGAAUCUACCCAGAGGCAGUAAUUUAGCAGCCAAAAAAUCAGUUGUAGCACCCGCAUGUUCAACUUCAGUUGAGAAUUCUAAAGCAUCAGAAAUGAACUCAAACAAAGCAAGAGCCGAAAAAGUACGGAGCACUUCACCAUUUUAUCGUUUUACCAUUACAGGUAAGAUGAGUAAAAGUUCCAGUUUGAAAGACAAUUUUAAUGCAGGCCACCAGGGUUCAACAGAUGUUUCUGCAAAAUCUGUUACGCCAAAUUCUCUGUCAUCUGCUGGUAAUGAUUCAACCAGUGGAAAAUCUAAUGCAACUAGCAGGAAGUCAAGUCCUCUGAGGCGGUUUCUUGACCCUCUGCUGAAGCCAAAGGCAGAAAACUGCCAUCAAUCUGUGGAGCCAUUAAAGAGGGGUUCGGUACCAACAGACAGGCCUUGCAAAUCAGCUGAUGGGCGGCAUGUUUCGAUGGCUUUGCGGCCAGGAAAAGUAAAGUUGGACAUGGCUGGUUGUAAGACAGUAAAUGUCAAUGAAUUAGCUCAGGGCAAGAAGCCUGGACCAACAGUUCAUGCUCUUUUUCGAGUUGCAGUUAAGAAUGGUCUGCCUCUUUUCACAUUUGCAAUUGAUAAGGAGAGCAACAUCCUUGCAGCCACAGUAAAGAAGUUAAAUGCGACAAAAAAUGAUGGUAGCAGCUUCAUCUAUACAUUCUUCACCAUUCAAGACAUGAAGAAAAAAAAUGGAAGUUGGAUUGGUCAAGGUAGUAAAGGCAAAGGUCAUGAUUACACCUCUAAUGUUGUGGCCCAAAUGAAGGUUUCUGAUUUUAGGUUUUCCAAUUUGAGUACACAGAAUAAAUUCAAGAUGAGAGAGUUUGUAUUGUUCUCUGUGAACCUGAGGCAGUCAGAUAAUCAGACCUCAGACUUCCAGCCAAAUGAUGAACUUGCAGCUAUAGUUGUCAAAAUUGCAAAAAAGACCAAUAAUCCAAGCUCCGUGAAAGAAGGGCCUGAGAAUGCAUCUCUUUCUGAUUCAGAGUGUUUGUUGGAGCAUAGAUCUCAUUCUAAUUCUUUGGAUGAUGUUCAAUGUCAUUCUUUCUUCAGUAGUCAAGACUUUGUGAGCACAACAGUCAUUCUUCCAAGUGCUAUUCACAGUUUACCAAGUAAAGGAGGACCGUCAUCGUUAGUUGAACGUUGGAGUUCAGGUGGAUCAUGUGACUGUGGGGGUUGGGAUAUGGGCUGCAAACUUAGGAUUCUUGCAAACCAGAAUAAAGCUCAUAAGAAAUUAAGUGUAUCUAAAGGUUGUCCCAUCACAGAUAGAUUAGAGCUUUUCCCUCAGGAAGGAGGGCAAGAAAACCAGCUGUUUUUCAGUUUAUCUCCAUUCAAGGAAGGGGUCUAUUCAGUUGAGUUCAAUUCUUCACUAUCAAUUUUACAAGCUUUCUCCAUUUGUAUAGCAGCCUUAGAUAGUAGGAAACUAUGUGAGCGUUCAGAACCAAGUAAAUCGCUUGAAGAAAAAACUUGCGGGGAACCCAUAUUAGUGGAAAAUGCUGGAACAAGUGCUGGCAGCGUAAUUGAAGCGGAGGUUCCAAGUUACAUCUCGUAUCCACCACUUUCUCCAGUCGGUCGGGUCUAGAUUUUCUAGUGAAGUACAUAAUGAUCACUUUUGUCCGGUUGGGCAUUGUGCAUAGUCUACAGCCAGUGCUUCUGGGCCCUCUCGAUCAGUUGGCAAUUGACCUUCAAAUAUAGAGUUCCUCGUAAUGGUCGUUUAGACAUGUAUCGCUCUUAAUAGGAAGUAGGCAAUUAACAAAUGUACCUAUCGUUUCGUUAGAGAAACUCCCUUAAUCAAAUUAAGUGUGCAUAUAUUGAGUGAAAUGUAGCCCUUUUAGCUA